CCUCUCUCAAGUGCUGAAAUGACAAGAAUGUGCUUCAUCUUCCUGCUGAUGAGUAACGCCGUUUCAGUCUCCACACAGUUUAAUGGGUACAACUGUGAUGCCAACUACCACAGCAGGUUUCCAGGUGAGCGGGACAUCAGCGUGUACUGCGGGGUUCAGACCAUCACCUUGAAGAUCAACUUCUGCCCCGUGCUCUACUCCGGCUACACCAACGCAGAUUUGGCCCUCAACGGUCACCACAGUGAUGCCCAAUGCCGUGGCUUCAUCAACAACAACACCUUCCCCACAGUGGUCCUGUUCAGCAUCAGUCUCAGCACUCUGGAGGCCUGCGGAAACAGCCUGGUGGUCAGCACAGCCUACGGGGCCAAUGCCUAUGGGAACAUGUCUCUGGUACAAAUUGGGAAUGUCUCCGGCUAUAUCGACACCCCUGACCCACCGACAAUAAUCAGCUACCUGCCCGGUUUGUUGUAUAAAUUCAGCUGCAGCUACCCACUGGAGUACCUGGUCAAUAACUCACAGCUGGCAUCCUCCUCUGCUGCUGUUACUGUAAAGGACAGCAAUGGAACAUUUGUGAGCACGUUGAAUUUGAUCCUGUACAAUGAUUCGACAUAUAAUCAACCUCUCUCUAUUCCGAUGGCUGGACUGGCUCUCAAAACCAGAGUAUUUGCAGCUGUAAAAGCCACAAACUUAGACAAACGGUGGAACAUCUUGAUGGACUAUUGUUACACAACCCCCUCAGGGAAUCCUAAUGAUGAACUCCGCUAUGACCUUUUCUUCGGCUGCUACAAAGACUCGCAGACGACAGUUUUCGAGAAUGGGAAGAGUCAGAUGGGACGUUUUUCGUUUGAGGUUUUCCGUUUUGUUAAACACAGACACCAAAAGAUGUCAACUGUGUUUUUGCACUGCGUCACGAAGCUUUGCAGGCCAGAUGACUGUAUCAUGCUCAUGCCAAUUUGUGGGCGACGGCGUAGGCGGGGUGGAGAGGAGAGCCUUGACUCCCCACCUGCAGCAUCUGGGAAAGCUGUCAUCACCGCUGGCCCAAUCAUCACCAGGAGUGAUGAAACUCGUGUCAACAACUCCCAACUUGAAUCUGGUAACCCCUCCGAGCAUAUGAACCCAGUGACCAGCGCUCUGAUCUCAGGCGUGGUCAUCCUGGGCGGGAUCAGUGUGUGUCUCUUCCUGCUGUCAGUCCACCUCCUGCAGAAAUCCCGCCUCCCAACAACCACAGCCUCAGGUGUUUGGAACCCCAGCUUUAAAUGAAUAAACAUGUAUAAUGUAUAUAACAUCUUGAUACUGACAAUAUGUGCCGAUACACAU